AGCGCGAAACAGAAAAUUUCAGGUGCGGACAGAAAAAUGGAAAAAGGUACCGAAAUCUUAAAUGGGCAUUUUUAUUUUAAACCUCUUCCACACGGUGGAGUUGAUAAAACUAAAGCUAUCUGUAACCACUGCAAAGCUGAAUUUUCAUAUCAUCGGAGCACUUCGAGUCUGAAGUAUCACUUAAAUGCAAUGCACACCGUUGAUGCCAGCAAAUCACCCACCCAAACAAACAGUGGAGGAAGGCUUCGGCAGACCACAUUGGAUGGAGCAUGUGGGAGAACUAUAGAUAAACAAAAGAAAGACAAGCUAGCAAAUGCCAUUGCGAAGUGGGUAGCUACAAACUGCAGGCCGAUUAGUAUUGUGGAAGAUGUCGGUCUGAAGAAUGUUAUUAGGAUCGCAACGAAUGACUGCACAUAUGAGCCUCCGCCAAGACGCACCAUCGGAAGAAAAAUACAUGAAUUGUAUGAAAAGGAGAGGACUAUAAAAGCGACGGCGUUGCAACGUGCACCAACUGUUGCCCUUACCGGAGACUACUGGACAUCGCUGGGUAACCAUAAUUACCUCGGAGUUACAGUGCAUUACAUUGAUGAACAAUGGGAACUGCAUUCACAUGCUCUGACUGUAAUGAAGACUCAUGAGAGACAUUUUGCUGAAACGUGCGCUGAACAUUUUAUUCAUGUUGCACAGCAGUGGGACAUUUCAAAUAAAGUCAGCACACUUAGCACAGAUAGUGCAAGAAAUAUGAUCGCUGCUGCGAGACAUCUGCCUUUUGAACACGUCCCCUGCGUCGCGCACAGUCUCCAGCGUUCUGUCACAGUAUCUCUGCACAACAGCGCGUUUGACAACGUCCUGGCCAAAUGCAGAAAAGUUGUGGGCCAUUUUAAGCACAGUCCAGCGAGUGCUGCAGAAUUGGAACAAAAACAAAUUGAACUUGGACAAAAGAAGGAGUCGCUUACACAAGACAUUCCAACCAGAUGGAAUUCGACUCUGGACAUGAUAAAAAGUGUCCGCAGAAACGAACAGCCACUGAGGGAUGUCCUCACCACACACAACACGAAGAUUGCCAUGCCAACAACAGCUGAAAUGGACAAACUGCAGAGGUUGGAAAUGCUACUGGAGCCCUGCAGGUAUGUGACUGAACUUCUGGGUGGAGAAAAAUAUGUUUCAUGCUCUGUAGUUCUGCCUGCUUUUUGCCAUCUCUCUCGGGUGAUGGAGAGCUCAGAUGACGACCCUGCCUAUGUGGUCAAAUUCAAGUCUACAUUCAGAGCAGACCUGGAGACACGCAAGGAAAAUGCCAACAUUGCAUAUCUGAAGAUUGCAACCGCAUUGGACCCGAGAUUCAAGGACCUGAAGUGUAUACCCAGAGCUGAGAGAGGUGAGGUGUGGGCCUCAGUCACUAACUUACUCAAGGAACAGAGGGUUGUUGCAGAGGAACCUGUGGAAGCAACAACAUCAAAGCCAUCAAAGAGAAAGUUUGCCCUAUUGGCUGCUUCAUCAGAGUCUGAUUCUGAACACGAGGAAGACUCAAUUGAGAACGGUGUGCGUCGAUACAGAGCAGAGCCCACCAUCAGUACAGAGGCCUGUCCAUUACAGUGGUGGUCCAAACAUGCAGGCUCACACAGCAGGCUGGCCUCAAUUGCACAGAAGUACUUGGCCACACCUGCAACAUCCGUACCCUGUGAAAGGUUGUUUUCUCUUGCUGGUCAUAUUGUACAGAAGAAGAGAGUUUCUUUAUCAUCUGAAAAUGUGAAUGACCUUGUGUGUCUUAGCAACUGGCUAGGUGCAGAUGACUAAGUAAAUGUAGAGUUGGAAGAAUGGAUAAAUGCAGUUAAUUUUGUCCACUCAACCUGCAUCACUGAAAUAUAUAUAUGUUUUUUGUUCUGAGAUUCUCAGUCUCUAAAAGGAGAUUGAUGUUCUUGCUCGGAAGUGGUCAGUUAAAAUGUUAUGAUCGAGGUUCUGGACAUAAUAUAUAUAUAUAUAUUUUU